AUGGAUCUACCCAGUGCGCCCUGGACUCGUCUUCAUGUGGAUUUUGCAGAGUUCAAGGGAAAGCAAUACCUUGUGGUAAUUGAUGCAUUUACCAAGUGGCCGGAAGUCCACGAGCUUGGAAUACAUGCCACUACGACUCAGACAGUGGAAGCAUUGAGGAGGUCAUUCAGCUGCCAUGGAAUUCCUCAAAGGCUAGUUUCAGAUAACGGGCCUCAAUUCGUGGCAAGAGAGUUUCAGGACUUCAUGAGAGCGAACGGGAUUAGACAUCAAAGGACACCUCCGUAUCACUCUGCUUCGAAUGGGCAGGCAGAACGGUUCGUGCAGGAGCUCAAGAAGUCUCUGAAGAUGAGGCCACCAGAUCAGUCAAUUAGUCAUCAGAUUCCGUUACUGUUGUUGAAAUAUCGAACAACCCCGAACACUACAACUGGGAAGACACCAUCAGAACUACUGAUGAAACGUGAGCUGAGAACAUGGUUGACAUUAGUACGACCAGAGAGUGGACGACAAAUUCGAGACAGGCAAGGGGAGAGAUAUGAGUAA